AAUGUGGAGCUUCGGCAAGAUCAUUUAACAACCUGAGUUCGACUAGGGAAGAAAGAACACCGAAGAAGGUGAGGUAGCGGUUUUAACAUCUUCCACCGGGCCCGAACACCACCAUGGCUGAAGCGGAGCAACAACAACCACCCCAACAACAGCUGCAGCAGCCUGAGCCAGCUAAAACACCACCGAAACAGAAGGAAGUUAUCGCAACUAAAGUUACUGGUACGGUGAAGUGGUUCAAUGUGAAAAGCGGAUAUGGUUUCAUCAACCGCAAUGACACUAAAGAAGACGUUUUUGUUCAUCAAUCAGCUAUCAGCAAGAACAAUCCAAAAAAGGCCGUACGUUCUGUAGGGGACGGAGAAGUUGUAGAAUUCAACGUAGUAGUAGGAGAGAAGGGCAAUGAGGCCGCCAAUGUGACUGGCCCCAACGGGGAACCUGUGCGUGGUUCACCUUAUGCUGCCGAUAGGCGUCGUUAUCGUUCAUGGUACUACCCACGUGGACGUAGCGGUAGAGGCGGACCACCACGCCGCCCGCGCGAUAGCCAAAGCGAAGGCGAAAAGGAUGGCGCCCAAUCUGGAGGCGAGGGCGGACCACCGGGACCACCACGCCGUUACAGACCGAGGAGAGGGCGUGGAGGCUUCAGAGGCGGAUAUAUGAGAGGAGGGUACAUGGGACCUCCUCGAGGUAUGUAUGGUGGUUACCAAGGUAAUCCAGACGAGAACGGAGACGCUCCGAUGCGCGGGCGCGGACCGCCCCGCCGGUAUUUCCGCCGUAACUUCCGCGGUGGCAGAGGGGGCAGACGCCCGACGUCCGAAGACAGCCAGGGCGGAGGCGGCGGCCAAGGUCAGGGCGACCAGGGCAACAAUGUUGGUGGCUCGAGGCCGCGCUACCGCAGGCAGGGAGCAAGGCCACGUAACGCCAACUCCAGCUCAGAUGGAGGCAACGUCGCCUCAAAGGCCCAAGAUAACGCACCUGUCAAGACUGAAGAAAGUCAGCCCGUGCAGAAUACAACCACCGAAAGCACGGCUUAAACAGCAGUGUAAUCAUCACAUAAAUAUUUACAACUUUAUUAUUAUUUUUUUAACAACUAGGCGUGUUAUAAUUUUAAUGGCAGACAAAAGGCGUUUCAUUGCACGAGCGAUACUUCCUUCGUCAACUAUUUUAAUUUAUUUAUAAAAUCUAUAAGAUUCAUUGAUUGGUCACCUUUUUUCUCUGCUUUCAUGAUGGUUUUCGUAACAAACGUUUUGAUACUUUUUUAUAACCCCUAUGGAAGUUUUUGUAAAAGGAAAUCUGAUUGAAAGUAGUAGUGUUUUUUUGAAUAUUAGAGAACCAAUGAAACGUCUUUAAGACCCUAUGUCUUGCUGCAAACGUUUGUAACUUUAAUUUUUAAAAAUCUUGUUCGACACUUUAAUUUCUACAGUGCUGGAUAAAGCAGAUUUGAACAUCUCUAACCAAAAAAUAACGAGCCUUCCACUUUCAACCGAGGAAGAGGGCUUUAAAAAACAAACAAAAAAAAUACAAAAAAAUUCGUAAAAGUCUUUAUUGAAAAUUUGAACAGGUUAUUCCUCUAUACUUUAUUGACUCUACUUUUUACUUGGAUAUGGGUUUCAUGUUUCAUACAAUAAUUUUAAUUAACAACAAAAUGUUUUUGGGUAGUAAUAGCUAAUGUGAUCUGAUAUCAAUUAUUCUUUCGUGUGAAAUUGAACCUUGGAUAAAAUAUGUAUUUUUUUGAUGUAUAUUUUUGUAUCGUAAUUAUUGCUGUUGUGAAACGAUUAUUGGGAAUAAAUACUGUUCACAAAUGUGUA